AUGUUGCGCCACGAGGUGCUCCGUCUUACCUCGCUGCCCCUCAUCCUCAUCCUCAUCCUCAGCAACCUCCUCGGCCAUGCCCUGACUGCCCUGACCAGCCCAUCUCCCGGCCUGCCGAUGGUGAUCAACACCUGGGGCGGGCCCUUCACCGCCGCCACCGACGCCGCCUACCAGGCCCUCAUCUCUCCGGAUUCAACGUCGGCCCUCGACGCCGUCGAGAUCGGCUGCUCGACCUGCGAGCGCAACCAAUGCGACGGCAGCGUCGGCUACGGGGGUUCGCCCGACGAGGCGUGCGAGACGACGCUGGACGCCAUGAUCAUGGACGGCACGACGCUCAAGUCGGGCGCCGUCGCCGCGCUGCGCCGCGUGCGCGAGGCCGUCUCCGUCGCGCGCGCCGUCCUCGAGCACACCACCCACACGCUGCUGGCCGGCGACCAGGCCACGCUGUUUGCCGUGCAGAACGGCUUCCUCGAGCAGAACCUCACCACCGAGGCGUCGGCGCGGCAGUGCGCCGAGUGGAGGGCCGCGGACUGCCAGGCCAACUAUAGGAUCAACGUCACGCCGGACCCGACGACGGCGUGUGGGCCGUACACGCCGCUUGCUGUCGUCGAGCGGAGGGAUGCGGCGCUCGCUGGUGGUGACGCUGCUGCUGCUGCUGCUGCUGUGCACAGGCGGGACGCGUACCCGGAUGCACUGCAGCGCGGUUUCACGCCCGCAUCCGCGUCGCAGGCGUCGCACGACACCAUCUCCAUGAUCGCCAUCCACUCCUCUGGAACAAUGGCGGCAGGGACAUCUACCAAUGGUGCCUCGCACAAGAUCCCAGGCCGUGUAGGCGACGGCCCCAUCACCGGCAGCGGAUCCUAUGUCGACGGCGAUGUAGGAGGCUGCGGCGCGACCGGCGAUGGUGACAUCAUGAUGCGAUUCCUCCCUUGCUACCAGGCCGUAGAGAACUUGCGGCAGGGCAUGACCCCCACAGAGGCUGCGGAGGAUGUCGUGAAGCGCAUGCUGAGAAAGUAUCCCGAGGUGGCCAGCGGCAUCGUGGUUGUCAACAACAACGGCGAGCAUGGCGGGGCUGGUUCCGGCUGGACAUUUACGUAUGCAUAUAGAGGAGGCGACAUGAAUGCCACCGAGGUGGUCACGGUGCCGCCCGUGUCUGUAUCCAAGGACUUUGUAUAA